AUGGGCAAUAGACGGACCUAUUGGCCGAACCGCGAGGACCCUGAGAGGGGCUAUGCGGACACCGCUAUGGAAUUUCCCAGACUGUUUGCCUUGCUGUUGAUAGUGUUGGAGUGGACCCGUCCAGUCCUACCAUCCCCACUAAGGCCAAUCUGCGACCUGAGGGUCCUGAACCAUUUCAUCCAGGAAGCACGAGACGCAGAAGUCGCUAUGAAGUCAUGUAAGGAUGGAUGUGGUCAGUUAGAGUCUGUCUCCGUUCCCCAAACCACAGUUAACUUUGAUGACUGGGAAAAGAAAAAUGCUCUGGAGCAAACCCAGGAAGUGCAGACUGGACUGUGGCUUCUACAACAGGCCCUCAGUUUACUACAAACGUCGGUCACAAAUACAGCUCUAAACGGCCACAUAGACAACACCGUCAGAAACCUGCUCAGCAUCAACGCCGUACUGCGGAGCCUCAACAUCCAGGAAUACACCCCGCCGGCAACCGCAGUAGGGCUGGAGGGAACAUGGAGGGUGUCCUCAGCAGCAGAGCUGCUUCAAGUCUACGUUAACUUCCUGCGGGGCAAAGUGCGUCUUCUCCUUUUGGAUGCGCAGGCUUGUCAGCAAGACGUCAGCUGA